UGGAAUGUCCAUCAAAUUUCCAACUCAUUUCUGGACAAUGGCUGCAACUCGUUUGGUUGUGGCGCUGCUGCUGCUGUUAGUUGCUGCCUGUCAAGGACUCGACGCAUCUAAGGAUGUGCCCGUGCUGGUUAAGACGCUGCAGAAUUUGCAUCUUGGACCACCCAAACAGACCGUGCUGAAGCGCGUGAAUGUCCAGGAGAAAUGGAUUACACAGAAAUUGGAUAACUUUGAUGCGGCCAAUACAGAGACCUACGAAAUGCGCUACCUGCUCAACGAUGAGUUCCAAGCGGAGGGCAGCCCGAUCUUCAUUUAUUUGGGUGGCGAAUGGGAGAUCGAGCCGAGCAUGAUCAGCGCUGGACAUUGGUACGAUCUGGCUGAGGAGCACAAGGGUGUGCUGGUCUACACCGAACAUCGCUACUACGGCGAGAGUGUGCCCACAACCACGAUGUCUACGGAGAACCUCAAGUAUUUGCAUGUCAAGCAGGCACUCGCCGAUGUGGCUGAAUUUAUCAAGUCCUUCAAGGCGGAACAUCCACAGUUGGCCAACUCCAAGGUGUUGCUGGCUGGUGGCUCCUACUCCGCCACCAUGGUGGUGUGGUUCAAGCGUCUGUAUCCCGAUCUCGUGGAUGGUGGCUGGGCUUCGAGUGCCCCUCUAUUGGCCAAGGUGGCCUUCACCGAAUACAAGGAGGUGGUGGGCCAGGCCUUUCUGCAGUUGGGCAGCCAAAAGUGCUACGAUCGCAUCCAGAAUGGCAUUGCCGAGCUGGAGUCCAUGUUCGACAAUAAACGUGGCGCUGAGGCACGUUCCAUGCUGCGAUUGUGCAAUAGUUUCGAUGACAAGAACGAUCUGGAUAUGUGGUCACUGUUUGGCAGCAUUUCCAAUAUUUUUUCAGGCACAGCACAGUAUCAAAGAGCUGGCGACAUUGAGUACUAUUGCAACUAUUUGUUAAGCUUCAACGAUGAUGCCACGGCUAUUGCCAAUUUUGCCUACUGGGGCUGGGGCAUGCCCUCCUGCAUCGAUGCGAGAUACUCCAGCACCGUCGAGUACUACCUCUGGGCAGUGAACAACUUUGAUGCCGGUCGUCCAUGGUAUUAUCAGACCUGCAACGAGUACGGCUGGUACCAGACCUCGGGCUCCAGGAACCAGCCUUUCGGCACCAAAUUCCCCACCGCCCUGUACACCACUCUCUGUGCGGAUGUCUUCAGUUCGCAGUUCAGCAACGAGCAAAUCAACAGCAAUGCUGCACAGACCAACGAGGACUUUGGCGGCAAGUCGCCGGAUGUGGAGAAUGUCUACAUGACACAUGGCGCCUUGGAUCCCUGGAAUCCCAUGGGCCAUGGCGUGGCCGAGGGUGCCACACUCAUUGCCGAGGCCUCUCACUGUGCGGACUUUGGCUCGAUCUCGGCCAACGACUCCGCAGAGAUGAGGGCCUCUAAGGAGCGUCUGGCGGAGCUCGUGCGCGAGUGGUUGGCCUAGUCGCAGUUUGGGUGG